CCUCCAUCUUGCUUGACCUAGUUUUCUUCGAUCGUACCAUGCACAGCAGCAGAACAUAAAGUGGUUGUGCAGUAUUAGGAUCUCAAUGAAAACUUAAUGCUUCGUUGCACGGUUUAGUAAUUUUUAAGUGAAUUCUCAGCGUAAUCAAUGGAUGUGUAAAUAGAUAAAUAAAAUCUCCUUAACUUUGUAAGGUGUCUCAAAAUGUCAAACCAAAUGGAUUCAAAUAGCUCAGCGAGUAGCACACCUAGUGGGCAAGGACCUGGCUACUUGCUGUCCCUGCCAUCAAUAUCAUCCACCUCACAUCGAAGUCAGAUGACAGCUAACAUCUUGACCAGCGGAUCGAACAUUACAAUGAUGGCUAACCAGAGUCCGCAGGGAAGUACAUACAUGGGAGCUGAUUGUUCCGCAAGUGGGUCUUCGUCAUCAUCAGUCCGUGCAGCAGCCCAGCCCAGUGGUUGUGUGUCAUCUAUGUUGUCCAUGAACGUGACCUUGGCCUCCUCGAGUCAGGAGGAUGACCAGAGUAUAGGAGCGUAUGGGAUAUCUUCUACAUCAUCCUCAUCCAAGCGUAGCAAUAGCAGGAGCACGGCUAGUCCAAGCGAAGCAUCAACCACAACUCAGGAACUUGGUGGUAAAGACAACAACAAUUUCGAUGAUGAGAAAAUCCAGCAGGCAGCAGACUCCAACAGUCCAAAACAACCUUUUGUGCCAUGUAAAGUGUGUGGGGACAAGGCUUCAGGGUACCACUAUGGGGUCACCUCUUGCGAAGGAUGCAAAGGUUUCUUCAGACGGAGCAUCCAGAAACAGAUAGAAUACAGGUGCCUGAGGGAUGGGAAGUGUAUGGUGAUCAGACUCAACCGCAAUAGGUGUCAGUAUUGUCGCUUUAAGAAAUGUCUAGCUGUUGGAAUGUCCAGGGAUUCCGUCAGGUACGGCAGGGUACCCAAGAGAUCAAAGAGCCAGGAGGAACAAAGUGUAUCUUCCAGUGAUUCUAGUCAGGACCAGACAGCACUGGAGAGCAAGCAGCUCGCCAUCUAUGAUGUCAUUCUCAGCAUAUCCCAAGCCCAUCACGCCCACUGUGCUAUCACCGAGGAUAAAAUAAAGAGCAUAGUCCGUCACCCUGCAACUCUGAUGACCAAAAUUCACAUACCAGUUGGUCAACUCCAGUUCACAAAUGAAGAAAUUGAAGCGCAGCGUUUAUUGAUGUGGCAGCAGCUAGCCACGUUGAUCACCCCAUCCAUUCAUAGUGUUGUUGAGUUUUCUAAACGUGUACCAAGUUUUCCAGAUCUGUCUCAGGAUGACCAGCUUAUUUUAAUCAAGACCGGCUUUUUUGAAAUAUGGUUGACCCGUAUGUCACGCAUGAUUAGCAAGGAAGAGAAUAUUAUACUCUUUGAAGAUGGCAGCUGCAUUUCUAGACAGGAGCUAGCAGUUGUUUAUUCACCUGACUUUGUAGCCUCCAUGUUUGAGGUUGCUAAUGGUAUAAACAUACUGAACCUGAAUGACACAGAAAUUGGUUUGUUUACAGGAAUUGUUUUGGCAACAGCUGAUCGUCAAGGACUAUCAGACUGUCCAGCUGUUGAGCGUAUCCAAGACCGUUUAGUGGAAGCGUUAAAGCUCCAAGUCAGCCGCAACCACUCCAGCGAGGAGAACCUGUUUGCGACCAUAAUAAUGAAACUGCCAGAGUUGCGCACUCUAGGCUCGCAGCACAACGACCUCCUGCGUUGGUAUCGUCUUCAGUGGCACCGCGGCAACUUGCCUCCACUUUUUGCUGAGAUUUAUGAUAUUCCUAAGAACCAAUCCGAUGUUUAGCAAAAAGAUAUUUGGUUUGUGGA